AUGUUCCAGUAUAUGGAAGGAGAACGUGAAGAAGAUUUACAUAAGAAACAAAGAGCAUUUGUAUUAGAAAUGAAGAGUCAAUUGAUUAGUCGACUUUCCGAUUCAAAUGCGCUAUUAAAUGUUGAUGACGAAUUACGUUGGUAUCUCAAGAAUAUGUCACUUCAUCAGAUUAGUCUUGAAAAUUAUUUAAUUUUAUCCGAUUCUAAACUGAGCGUACCUCGUAGAUGGACUUUUGAAAGUAGUGUCUUAUUUGCAUUUACUAUUCUCACAACGAUAGGUUAUGGUAAUCUGGCUCCAACAUCACAUGAAUGCCAGAUCUUUACUAUGAUGUAUGGUGCAUUUGGUAUUCCCUUAUUCCUUAUUACUAUUGCCGAUCUUGGACGAUUCUCUAAAACAGGAAUAAUGACAAUAAUUCAAUUAAUUUAUAAAAAAGAACUUAAACGUCAAGGUGAACAACGAUUUUGGAGAGAAAUAGGAGAAGUGUUCCUUGUUGCUGUUGUAUUCAUCUCUUUCAUCGCAUGCGGUUCAGCUAUAUUGCCAAUGUGGGAAAAUCAAUUAUCUUACUUUGAUAGUGUUUACUUUUCAUAUAUGAGCCUCACUACUAUCGGUCUUGGAGAUAUAGUUCCAAGACGGAUGGAUUUUUUACUUCCUACCCUUAUAUACAUCACAAUUGGUUUGUGGUUAACAACUGUUCUGGUUGAGCAAUUGGCUGACGUGUUCCGUCUUGUGCACUAUGCUGGACGACAAGUUACAAAUGUCAAAGGGAUAUCUGUCUGGCUUGGUGGACGGCGUCUAUCUGUUGGCGGAUUAAUAAGUACGGUAUGCAGAAGAGUGGGAAUGUCAGAAAAUCUAAUAAACCAAAUUAAUUGGGACAAAGCCAUUGAUCAGGCGUUUGAAGGAAGAGAUCAACCUAUAUCUCUAUUUCCUUGGCAUUUUGCCGAUUUCUUAGAUAAUGACCCACCACUUAUUGAUUUAAGUAUUGAUCUGGAUCAGUGGGAAGCUCAAGGUUCUUUUUAUCUUUCCGGUAGUGAUGCACCACCUGCUCCACCUGUACAAGAAUCUCAACAGAAAGAUUUGUAG